AUGACUUCACGUCAGAACACUAACACGCCAAUGCCUUUGGCCAUUAUUGGCAUGUCUUGCCGCUUUCCUGGGAAAGUUGCCUCUUUAGAAGACUUUUGGGAUAUGUUGAGCAAUUCUAAGCAUGGAUAUCGCCAAUUUCCGAGAGAACGUUUCAACUGGGAAGCAUUUUACCAUCCAAACCAGUCCCGCAAGGAUUGCAUCGAUGUCAACUGUGGUUAUUUUCUUGAUGGUGAUAUCGCCGAAUUCGAUGCACAGUUUUUUAAAAUGAAUGGUACAGAUGCAGCUUCUUUCGACCCACAAGGACGUAUGAUUCUCGAGUGUGUGUACGAAGCCCUAGAAAACGCAGGUGUUCCCAAAGAGAGCAUCGUUGGCUCUAAAGUCGGGGUGUUUUCUACAUCUAACACUUCUGACUACACUCUGUCGCUCAAGGAUGACAUAUAUUCAAUGCCGGCACUAGUAGGCGUCCUCGGCCACGCCUGCAUGCUUUCGAACAUUGUCUCCAACACGUUUGACCUAAAAGGUCCUAGUGUCAGCAUUGACACAGCAUGCUCUUCAGCCUUUUACGCGCUUCAGUUAGCAUCACAAAGUCUCAGAUCUGGUGAGACGGAAAUGUGUAUCGUUUCUGGAUGCGCAUUAAACAUAUCGCCUUGGCGGUGGACCAUGUUGUCAAACCUGACGAUGCUCAAUCCGGACGGUCUAAGCAAAUCCUUUGAUCCCCAGGCUGACGCUGGUUAUGUCCGUGGGGAAGGCGCAGCAAGUAUCAUUGUUAAACCACUCGAUGCUGCGAUACGCGACAAUGAUCGGGUGCAUUGCGUACUAUCGGAUAUUGGUGUAAAUCAUAACGGCCGCACGAAUGGCUACACCCUACCUGAUGCAAGGAUGCAAGCUAGUUUAAUGAGAGAGUUACAAGUCAGACUGGAUAUUAAGCCAGAUGAGUUUGGUUUUGUGGAAGCCCAUGCGCCCGGCACCCGAGUUGGAGACCCUAUUGAGAUAUCAGCACUCCAAGAAGUAUUUUCGACUUCAGCACGUACCCUGGAAGACCCACUUUUGAUUGGGUCUGUUAAGGCCAACGUGGGACAUCUGGAGUCCUCUAGCGGCUUUCCCUCGCUUAUCAAAGCUGCCAUGAUGCUGAAGAAAGGUCUUGUUGUGCCAAACGCUAACUUUGAGAAUGAAUCGAUGAACUCACACUUGAAGGAGAAAAACAUGAGGGUACCAAUAUCUACACAGCCUUGGCCGAAGGGCAAGACAUAUAUAGCCAUUAACAAUUACGGGUUCGGCGGAUCUAAUUCUCACUGUAUCGUGAGGGCGCCGCCUAUUCCACAGGGGUUGGUGAGCCAAAAAGAGACUCGAAAUGUUGAGAGCGACUAUCUUUUUGUUCUAUCUGCCAACGACGAGGUCGCCCUCAGACGAACUAGGGAGCAACUGGUUGAAUUCCUUGAAUCGGUUGACGCGUCUUCCACAACCAUGCAAAACACCGCAUAUACACUAGGGCAGCGUCGCUCUCUCCUUAGUUGGCGUGCUACCGUUGUAGCCUCAAACAUUGACGAUCUCAUCAUUCAGGCUGCCUCCCCACAGGUUAUUCCCCGGCGGGUCACCCGUCAGCCAACGCUAGUCUUUGCAUUCACGGGACAAGGUGCCCAAUACUUUGGUGUGGGUCGUGAAUUACUCCAGUAUCCCGUAUUCUCUACGACUCUGAAGAUGGCUUCGGCCUGCGCUGAGUCUUUUGGUGCCAAUUUCUCGCUCCAGGACGAGCUUUAUGGGAACGAGGCAACGUCACGGAUUAAUGACGCUGAUGUCAGCCAGCCAGCUUCAACAGCUAUCCAGAUUGCUCUUGUGGACCUUUUGCGCUCAUGGGGCAUUCAGCCUUCAGCAGUUGUAGGUCAUUCGAGUGGUGAAGUCGCCGCGGCAUACGCCGCAGGCCUCCUCUCACUCCCAGGAGCAAUGCGCAUUGCUUAUGCUCGUGGUCAAAUGGCUAUCAGGAUUAAAAAAGUUCAGCCAGACUUCAAAGGUGGCAUGUUAGCGGUUGCUGCAGGGCCUGCUGACGUGUUACCGUUACUGGACAUUGUUACCUCUGGUAAAGUUGUAAUUGCCUGCGAAAAUUCACCAAAGUCAGUUACCGUCUCUGGAGACGAAGCCGGAUUGGUCGAACUAGAAUCACUGCUUGAAGAAGAUGGACUACCUCACAGGCGGCUAGCUGUGGAUUUCCCCUAUCAUUCAACUUUCCUGGAUCCAUUCAUCGACGAUUACGAGGAAGCUAUAUGCACAGAUGAUACGUUUUCCAACUUGCAACCCACAGCAGAAUACUUCUCUGCCAUGGCAGGAAGGAAGGUUGAACCUGUCACAGUACAGAAACCAUCGUACUGGGCGAGCAGUGCAAAAUUUCGAGUGCGGUUCACAUCCGCCGCAAAAGCCCUGUUGAGGAGCAAACCUUCGCCCAACGUCGUUGUGGAGAUAGGCCCGAACCCUACGUUAGUGGGGUCCCUCAAGAGCAUUUUGAGUGAAAUCAAAAAAGAAAUACCACAUCCAAUUGAAGUGGUACCAUCUCUACACCGCGGCCAGAAUGCACGAACCGCAAUGCUUAAGCUUGGGGCUUCUCUUGUUAGUUUUGGUCAGCGUAUAGAUAUGGAACAAGUCAAUUUUGCAUCAGGACAUAUCAGCGGCCAGCCACCGACGCUUGUUGAUGGCAUCAAGCCGUACCCGUGGACACGAAGCCACCACUGGAUCAAGUCUAGGGUCCGUGACGAUGAUUUGCAUAGACCAUUUCCACACCACGACCUCCUAGGCUCGAUCAAUUCAUCGUGGGGCAGUAAGGAGUUGGUCUGGAAAAACAACCUCGACGUAGAAAACGUGCCGUGGCUUAGAGACUAUCAAGUUGCAUCAUCCAUUACCUACCCUCUAGCUGGUUAUGUAUGCGCUGCUAUUGAAGCCAGCAAGCAGUUUGCGAUGACAAGAAAUCUUUUCCUCGACAGAGCAUUCAAAGGAUUUACCGUUCGUGACAUGAUUAUAGACGAAAGCCUCGUUAUGAAGGAGGGUAUACCCGUUGAGUUGGUCACCAAACUUCGCUCGCUGCCUGGUACCAACUUUGAGGAGUUCGAAGUCUUAUCCUGGGAUGAGGGCCAGCGAGCCUGGAAGAGAUGCUGCCGAGCUCUUGUGAAGUGCGAAGCGACAACAGAUGGAGUUGAACAAGUGGAAGAAAUGAAAUGGGCUGAGUCGCGUGCGGCUUGCCACAGCUGUGUGGGCAGCCCAUUGCUCUACCAGAGAUUAUCAAAGGUCGGCCCACGGCGCACUGGUAAAUUCCGCAAUGUGGUUGACCUACGUUAUGGAGCUGGUAAGACGACUGCCGAAGUCGUUGUCUCCGACACCAAGGCAAGCAUGCCUCAGCAUUAUGAAAGCGACAUGACAGUUCAUCCGACAACGAUUGAUGGCCUGUUCCAGUGUGGAAGUUGUAUACCUUUUCUGGAUGAAUCAAGUUCUGUUGUUGGUGGCUCCAGCAAUAUAUGGGUUCCAAGAUCUAUCAAAGAGUUCACGAUCCAAACUCGCCCUGGAGAGGCGCUAAAACCAGAAAUGGUUUUUCGCACGGUCGCUCGGGUAGACAAGAAUGAACGCCACGACAGGUCAUAUAGUAUCGACGGGACCACAGAUAAUGCCCCCAUAUGUCAGAUACGCAUUCGAGGCCUCAAGUUGGCUGUUGAAGCGACACUAGCACCUCAAUGGCCGGCGCCGCAUUACGGGUGCUACAAGAUAGCCUGGCAAAACGCUACGGAGCUUCGGUCCCAGGCCGCCCAGUGGCAUGUCCUACAGGGACCAGGAGACGUCAAGAAUUUGGCCGGUAGUGUCAGCAAGAAAAUCGGGGGCACUGUUCGGCCUUUGUGCGAAGGUGUGCCUAGUGAGGCCAGCUUCUGUGUCGUGGUGGAUGUGGGAGAGGGGCUCCUCGCUAGUGUGGAGCGGGAGUCGUUCAAUCAUAUCAAACAGGCGCUCACAACCUGCGAGGGGGUACUUUGGGUGACAUGUGGCGCCUUUGGGGUGUCUUACGAUUCUACACACCCUAAUGCGGGCAUGGUGACUGGCCUACUUCGGACCAUUCGCAGCGAAAUGCGAGCAUCAGUAGCAUCACUUGACUUGGAUGCCAACGCUAGCAGUGACAUUGAAGCACAGGCGGCACUUGUUAAGCGUGUAGCCGAUCACUUGGCAGCGGCUGCUCAAAACGCGGAUGUACAGGCUGAGAUGGAAUUCACUGAAAAGCAGGGCCAGCUUAUGGUAUCGCGCGUUGUGCAUGAUACACAGCUGGAUAAUGUUGUUCACGCUGUCACAGGAGUCAUCGCGCCGCGCACCGAGCCCUUCGACCCGGAAGUCAGGGGCUUCUUUACCCUGCAGCGUCCAGGUAUGCCCGAUUCGUUGUAUUUACAACGUACCGACGUUCCGGACCCGCUUGAUGAGAGUGAGGUUGAAGUACGCAUUGCAGCGAUAGCUCUCGACGCCGAUGACAUCCACGGAUUGCAGGGGCGUGCUCUGAGCGGAACCGUUGUGAGAUGUGGAUCCACAGUUACACGUGUGCAGCCUGGUGAUCGCGUCUUUGGUCUAGCAAAUAUCGAUGGCGCAGUCCGAACCUUUGCACGUGCGCCUGAGACAUGUCUAGCCCGCACGCCUGCGAAUAUCCCCAUCGAUGCUGCUGCGGCGCUUCCUGCUACCCUUGGAGCUGCCUACCACGCCCUCGUUGACCUCGGCCGACUCGUCGCGGGCGAAUCUGUCCUCAUCGUCGCAGUGGGAUCUGCCCUUGGCCAGGCUGCAAUUCAAGUUGCGUUGGCAAAAGGUGCCCUUGUCUUCGCCCUUGCUCAUUCACAAGAAGAGCGCGACGCUGCCAUUGUUGCGGGCGCUUCCAUCGACCGGGUUGUAACCACUUUAGUGGGGCUUCCGCCUAUCCAGAUUCUGUUCAACCCCGUCUCAGAUGCCAAUGCCAACCUUAGCAUGUUGGGGGCCUUGGCACCUCUAGGACGCAUUGUGCAAGUGGGGGAGCCAUCACACCAGUACCCUGCCCUUGCGGUAGGCCACAGUUUCUCUAUAGCACACUUGGAUGCUGUAGCUGAUGCUCUGCCCGCGCAAAUGGCUGCCAUACUUGAUGCUGUGGUAGGGUUAGUUGACAGCAAGUUUGUGCACAGUCCUCCAGUGCGGACUGUUGGGCUCGAAUAUUUGUCAGAAGCCCUAUCCAAUAUUUCGGAGACCGACUCGAAAAAGCUUCUUUUGGUUCCUGGAAAGAAUGAGAUGGUAAAGGCUACCCCGUCCUGUCCUGCUCCACCCACGUUUGAUCCAGCGGCUGUGUACCUGCUUGUCGGUGGUAGCGGUGGUUUAGGUCGUGUCAUCGCAAAAUGGAUGUUAAACAAUGGAGCUAGAAAAAUUGGGCUACUCUCACGCAGCACCUCUAUGAGCCCUGAUGUUCGCACAUUAGUGGAUGAUGCUGCUGGGAUAGGAGCUGAAGUUUUCUUGUUACCGUGUGAUGUCACGAGCCAGCACCAUUUGCAGCGCGUCAUUGACCAGUGCGUCAUCGAGAAAGGCCAAAUUAAGGGUGUAAUCAACGCGGCAAUGGUUUUCAAGGGCGGAGUCUUUACCUCGGUUUCAUUCGACGAUUUUACUUCUGUGGUCCAGCCAAAGGUCUGUGGAACAUGGAAUUUGCAUCAUGCUUUGCGUGAGGCAACUCUAGACUUUUUCAUUCUAAUAUCUUCGGUGGCUGGCAUUAUGGGCACACCUGGGCAUUCAGCUUAUGCCUCUGCCAAUACCUUCCUGGACUCUUUUGCAAUGUACCGCAUGCAGCAGGGACUACCGGCUACCUCUCUAGCCUUGACUGCGGUGGUAGACGCUGGCUACAUGGCUGAGAAUGCUUCCAAACUCCAAAAACUUAAGUAUGUUAGCGAAUUUGAGGGCGAGAUUCUCCUCACUGCUGAUGUACUGGCUCUCCUUGGCGCUGCGGUCACAGGAUCAAUAGCUUCAAGCUGCAAGGGUUUCUCUAUAAUCGGGGCAGGCUUUGGGACUGCGCUCAAGCUGCCCUCAUAUGCCCAAGAUCCCAGAUUCUCGACCCUGACAUCCAAUCACUCCCAAGACCGAAAAUCGAAGCCGAGAACAACAACUGCGGCCAAUACGGAUACAUUGGUUUAUGCAGUGGACCAAGCUGACACCAAAGAAGAAGCAACUCAGUUACUAUUAGCUGCCAUUAGAGAUAAGAUAGCUCAGUUGCAAUUAAUUCCUGUUUCAGAUAUCGUCGACGAUCAGACCAUCACGGAACUCGGACUUGACAGCUUAACAGUAAUGGAGUUGUAUUCUUGGGUAGGAAGGUUGUUCCGAUUGAGAUUUGGAAUACAAGAGUACGCAAGGUUAGACACCCUGGAGAAAAUCGUGGACAGUGUGAUAGUAAAGCGAGAGGCUGCUAAAGUCGAGGCUCCAUGA